AUGCCAGGAUCAACUUCGACAUCUUCAACUAAAACUUCUACAGUGAGGAAUCAAGCCAAAUCUGGUAAAAUAAAUCCUAUUUGGUAUACAUACGCUUGUGCGACUUUAGUCGCUGCUGUCGUACUAGGUAAUCUAUUGAGGUAUACUUUUCUAGAUUGGUCAGAUCCAUAUCAUUGUUCUGCAUUGUUGAACACUGGUACGGGAAAAUGGUUGGAUCCUGGUGUUUGGAGAAAUUGGCAAUCUGAAGGCUGCUUCCAGUUACCAUUACCAGGAGCGAAAUUUCAAAAAUGUCUUUCUAUACCAGGAGCCAAUACUCCCAAAUCCCCUUUCUCAUCGUCACACGAUCAAAAACGAACAGCUAUAUUCGUUGGGGAUUCCAAUGUACGGCAAUUAUAUUUCGCAGCUGCACGCACAGUCGGAGGGGUAUCAAAAGCCUGGGAAUCGGAAGGAGAGAAACACACAGAUAGGACUUUAUCCUUAGUGGAUCCUGAUCGGAAUGGAGGAGAACUGGAAUUGGAAUUCUGGUGGGAUCCAUAUCUGAAUUCCUCCAAAACCGCUUCGCUACUUUCAGGUGCAAGGUCCGAACCUGCUGCUCUUCUUGUUAUGGGCUCAGGAUUAUGGUUCCUGCGAAAUCCAACUUCUGGUGGACUGGCUUCCUGGGGUGGAAUGAUUCACGAAACUUUCGAAUCAUUGAAGGAACACCAAGGAUCACCAAAAACAGCUUUGAUGAACCCUUGGGAUGAUAUGCGUCUUGGAUCAGGAGUGAUUUUACCCGGUUUAUUACCUACAGAUUCAUCUUCUCCUAUAAUCGAAUAUCGAAGAUCAUCUAUAUCACCUUUGCAUAAGCGAAACCUGACUUCCAGAGCAGGAUCAAGGGAUUUCUCAAUUGCAGAUUCGAUCAUCUUCUUACCUAUUCCUAAUCCGACACACGAGAAGCUUUCACCCUCAAGAGCUGCAACGAUCAUGCACACCGAUGUGGAGGCUAUGAAUGCCGACUUGUAUGCAAGAUUGACCCAUCCCGAUCCACCUCCAGUAAUAAUCCCUUCAGUAUUGAACGAUCUGCUGGUAGACGAAGAAACGGAAGAUGGACUUCAUUACUCAGAUAAGAUUAUGAAUAAACAAGCUGAAUUAUUGCUCAGUUGGAGAUGCAAUGAUAUCAUGAGAAAUGAUGGUGCUACCGGAACCUGUUGUAAGAGGUACGAUUGGGCUACACCUAUUCAAGCUCUAGUAUUGUUUUCAUUGGUUGUUUGGGCACCUGUCGGAAUGUUGAUAGCUUCAAGGCUUCCCUCAUCAUCCCCCUUUCUAAGCUAUCUUCCUUCAUCAAGUGUUGCACCCGCGCUCAGCACCUUUGGCCUAGCAAUGGGAUAUCUCUUCAUCGCAGAUCGAACGACAAUCUUCAUCAAGGAACAGAAAGAUUACGACGCAACUGUCUUUGGUGUGUUGACUGUUGUUGCCUUAGUAGCUGGUCUGGCGACAAUGAAAAAUGGUGGAAAAGAUUUAGGUUUUUUGAAUAGGGACAUCACGGACGAAUGGAAAGGUUGGAUGCAAAUUGCAAUUCUCAUAUAUCACUUCUUUGGCGCUUCCAAGAUAUCCGGUAUCUAUAAUCCGAUUCGAGUAUUAGUUGCUUCUUACUUGUUCAUGACUGGAUAUGGUCAUUUCUUCUUCUAUUACAAGAAAGCCGAUUUUGGUUUCCAGAGGAUAGCGAUGGUACUCGUUCGGCUCAAUCUCCUCUCAGUCGUACUUCCAUACACCAUGAACACGGACUAUGCGUUUUACUACUUUGCUCCUCUCGUCAGUUGGUGGUAUAUGAUCAUAUACUUCACGAUGGCUAUUGGAUCUAAACACAACGAACGACCUGCUUUCCUGAUCUCGAAGCUAAUUGCUUGUGCUGGCCUGGUCACUCUUUUCAUGCACUACACAUGGAUGAUGGCUAGUAUCUUCAAGGUCCUCAAUACCAUCUUCCGCAUCGAGUGGUCAGCCAAAGAAUGGUCAUUCCGAGUGACACUUGAUCUAUUUAUUGUAUGGGCAGGAAUGUUCUGCGCAUAUGGAUAUAUCAAAUUGAAAGAGUUCAAUCUACCCGAAAAACCAUGGUUCAAUACUGCUCGAACAGCAACAAUGGUUUCAAGUGUAUUAGGAAUGAUCUGGUAUUUCUACUUUGAACUUUCAUUGAAAAACAAAUUCAUAUAUAACAAUUAUCACUCGAUAGUUUGUUUCGUACCUAUUCUAUCAUUUGUCUUUUUAAGAAACGCUUCGCCGAUAUUACGUUCGACAACGUCAAGAUUGUUCUGCUUUGUCGGUCAAAUCUCUUUGGAGACUUUCAUCUUACAAUUCCACGGCUGGUUGGCAUCUGAUACUAAAGCCAUCUUACUCGUCAUACCGACAACGAAAUAUAGACCUUUCAACUUGGUUAUAUCAUCAAUCUGUUUCGUCUGGUUAAGUUAUAGAGUUUCAGGUGCGACUGGCGAAAUUACAGAAUAUCUAGUUGGAAAAAAGAAAUUACAACAAUUACCAACUACUUCUACCACGCCCAAUCCAUCUUCGUCGUCGUCGACCAGUAAACCGAGUGACAGUAACAGCGCUGCAAAUACAACAAAUACGAACACAACAAAAGUAGUACAUGAACUUGUUGAAGGUCCAAAAGAUGGCGCAGAAGGUGGUAUACCUGAAAGUAUACCAUUAAUGAAUCAAUCUAAGAAAGAUAUAGAACAAGGUGGGGAUCUAUCGACGCCUCAAAGCGAGUCUAUGGAAAGAAGGGAAAGUUGGCCUGCUUGGAUGGCAGCUACUGCAGCUUCGAUGACUGGAAGACCUUCUGUAGCAGGAUAUCAAAGUACAGAUAAACAAUGGAAAGAUCAAACUGUCCUUAGCGUCAUAAGUAAUAUAGGUAAUUUGGCUAAAAGAUAUAAUUCAAUUAAAUUAUCUUUGAUCUUGCUAGCUCUGUGGGUUCUGAAUUGGUUAUACUAG